UAAAGAUUUAUUUAUUUAUUAUGUGUAAGUACACUGCAGUUGUCUUCAGACACUCCAGAAGAGGGCGUCAAAUCUUGUUAGGGAUGGUUGUGAGCCACCAUGUAGUUGCUGGGAUUUGAACUCAGGACCUUUAGAAGAGCAGUCAUUGCUCUUAACCGCUAAGCCAUCUCUCCAGCCCCCCUCCCCUUUUUAAAAAGAUUUAUUUAUUUAUUUUAUGUAUAUGAGUGCACUGUUGCUGUCUUCAGACACACCAGAAGAGGGCAUUGGAUUCCAUUACAAAUGGUUGUGAGCCACCAUGUGGUUGCUGGGAUUUGAACUCAGGACCUCUGGAAGAGCACUCAGUGCUCUUAACCAUUGAGCCAUCUCUCCAGCCCGAGCUUUUUUCUUAUUUUUUUCUUUUUGUUUUUUUGAGACAGGGUUUCCUUUUUUUUGUUUUUUUGUUUUUGAGACAGGGUUUCUCUGUGUAGCCCUGGCUGUCCUGGAACUCACUCUGUAGAGCAGGCUGCCAAGCUUAUUCCUUGACAUAUGGACUACAUGAGACUUAACAAAAUGAAUCAAGGGGCAGGAGAGAUGGCUCAGGGCUUAAAAGCACUUACUGCUCUUCCAGAGGUCCUGAGUUCAAUUCCCAGCAACCACAUGGUGGCUCACAACCUUCUGUACUGGGAUCUGAUGCCCUCUUCUAGUGUGUCUGGAGCUAGCUUCAGUGAGGAGACCAUUGCCAAGUCUUUGGGGGGGGACCCAAGGAGACAGACAGCAGAGGUCCUGGGCCACUCUUGCUCCUGUCACAGAACCUCCCUCUUAACUCAGGCAGGCCACUUGAGGCCUGCACACUUACUUCCCUGGUAGCUUCUAUUAGUGCUCCUGUGGGGAAUCCCCUAGGGAGGGGUUCAGGUCCUCCCAUUCCUGACACAUUUCAAAGACAAGGUUAGUCACCUAUCCAAAGUGCUAUCUCUCGAUUCAGGUGACAAGCCUUUCCCUUUCCUCCUAGUCUACGCUUCAGUGGGUGAGGGACAGGUGGACUCAUGAACAAGACAUCAGACAUUGGCAAGAUGCCUGGUCUGACUUAUCUUGGCAACCUUGGCCUCUGAAAGUUCACUUUGCUGUCGGGUCCUCCAGAGACCCCUCCCGAGACCCUUCUCCAGACAUCACACCCUCAAGGACCUUUUCCAUCCUGUCUGCUGGCACUGGACCGGAUGGCAGCAGCUUGGGAUCCCCCUGUUAUGACCAUGAUCAUGGGACUCUGACUCAUAGCCGCCCAGGCCACCUGACCACAGCAAGCAGAAAGGGCCCUACCAGGGGGUUCCCCAGCCACCGCCUUGUUUACCUCCCUGGUUGGCCUGGGAACUCAGGAGAGAGCCUGAGUCGCUGUAGGCUGUAGGGCAUGCUGGCCUGGCCUGGAACCCAGGGCAUCUCCCCAUUUCUCUUUCUUCCACUGGUGACAGAGUAAAGGAUUUCCCCACAGUUCCCCAUUGGCUCAGACAUUCCAUAGGAAGUUUGGUCUGAUUGAAGCUUUAAGGCUGUCAGGCCACUAGACUGCUGAGUCACGCUUGGCCAGCAGCUGACAUCGGGAUACAGCCUUUGCGUCCCCACUGUCCUCUGCAUUAGCAGAGGGUCCUGCAGGAUCAGGGGCCUUUUCCUGGGCUAGCAACUGUUGGAGAGGAAAGCCUAAAACUGGGAUUGUCCUCUGGGGCAAUAGGUGUGUACCUUCUAGCCACCAGGGAAAUGGCAGUCACACCUGUGUGGCAAAUCACUGUCCAUUGCUGAGUUUUCCUAAAAUUACAGAUUUUUCUGCUCUCACAAAACCAAUUCUGAGAGAGGUCCAGGGAAGACAUGAUAACUGGGAGAGGGGCCCUAGGAAGCUGGUGUGGAGACCCUGCCUCAGGGAGACGACUUGAGCUCCAAUUCUGCCCUGCAUGUCUUCUCCCAUGACUUUGACUCAGCAGGUCUAGUCCUAUGGAAAGGACCAUACCUAGAAGGCCUUACAGGGUGACACCCUUCUCAGCCUCUAGCCUUCCCAGGACUGGGUUCCUGCUAAGAGCUCAUUUUACUUUAUUCAUUUAAUUUGUGGUUUGUUUUUAUUUUUCCCUGAGACAGGGUUGCUCUGUGUAGCCCUGGCUGUCCUGGAACUCACUCUGUAGACCAGGCUGGCCUUGAACUCAGAAAUCCACCUGCCUCUGCCUCCCAAGUUCUGGGGUUAAAGGCAUGUGCCACCACUGCCCUGCUUAAUUUGUUUUUUUUUUGAGAGUAGGACUUGCUAUGCAAGCCUGGCCGAGCCUUGAAUUAGAAUUCCUCUUGACUCAGCUUCCCAAGGGCUGGGGUUACAGAUGUGUGUCAUCAUGCUAGCUAACAGGUCACUCUGGCCACAGAAAGCAGCAUUUCCUGGUUUUGGCGUUUGUAUUGGGGGUUGAACCUAAGAUGUAACACAUACUAGGCAGGUGCUCUGUCACUGAGCUAUAUCCCUAUGCACCAAAUUCCCAUUAAUGAUAUCUCCCGGGUAUAUCCCUACUAAGCUAAAUCCUCAUGACCUGUAUCCCUACUAAGCUAAAUCUCUAUAAGCUGUAUCCCUACUAAGCUAAAUCUCCUGUAUCCUUACUAAACUGUAUAGCCAGAUUCUUUAUUCCCGCCCCCCAGCACCCAGACUUUUUUUCUUUCUUAGAAGCCUCAUGCAGCCAAGGCUGGCUUUGAACUCUGGAACCUCUGACCUCCCAAGUACUAGGAUCACUUUCUAUUUUGAAACAGUUUCACCAAGUUGCUCAAGCAGAAUAUCUUGAACUUGGUCUUUUCCUGCCUCAGCACCUCAAACAGCUGGAAUAACCAACCUGUGGCACAGGACUGGCUAUAGCUUGUAUUUUGGUUCCUAGAUGGAGGGCAGGUGGUCUGAUCCCUUUGUGCUUUGAAGCCACUAAGGCCUGAGAUACAUGUACCUUCCGAGAGAGAGAGAGAGAGAAAGAGAGAGAGAGAGAGAGAGAGAGAGAGAGAGAGAAUAUGAAUGUGUGUGUAUGUGUGUGUGUGUCUGGGCUGCAGUGAGGAAUCUCUGGUUGCAAUGAACAGGUUGUGACUACUGCUGCCUCUGGAGCCCUGGCUACCCCUCUUACAGGGUGGGUUUGUGAGAAGUCACCAGUGCUUGUCCAACACCUCUCAACCUGAUCUUUGUUAAAUUGGGUGAGGCCUAAGAUGGUGGGUGAUGUUCCUUUAUUCAGUGAGGGGCUGGUCAUGGUGGAUGCCUGGAAGGGGGUGGGAGUGGGGGCUACUACCGGGGACACUAUGUUUAGGAGGGUCGGAAUAGCAUCCUGUGAGACAGCCUGUUUGGCUAAAAGAAUGGCUACCUGACAGUAGACAUCUGUGUCCUCCUAGCUUCUGGGCCGUACAUCCCCCCUGGCUUGGGGACGACACUGCUGAGUCAUAGGCAGGCCCAAGCCUGGGAGGUACCUAGGCUCGAUACUUACGGGUCCUUUUCCCAACGACUUGAGGCUGAGGCUGGUCUCUUGUGGUCACCCAUGUAUUCGGUGGGAAAGAAAAGAGUAGGCAGUGGGGUCGUCUCGACCCCGUACCUUUCAAGGGUCCCAUCAAGGGGGCUCCAGCGGCCGCCCCAGCCUAGGGGAGGGGCGGGGCUCAUAGAGGCUCCGCCCCCACGAGGCGGGGCUCCCCCGUUUUCUAUAAAAGCUGGGCUCUCGGCGCCGCCGCUGCCCAGCUGUUUCGUCCGUACCUAGACCGCGGUUAUGGCGUCGUUCACGGUGAAGGCCUAUCUUCUGGGCAAGGAGGAGGCGACCCGCGAGAUCCGCCGCUUCAGCUUCUGCUUCAGCCCGGAGCCGGAGGCGGAAGCCCAAGCCGCGGCCGGCCCGGGGCCCUGCGAGAGGCUGCUGAGCCGAGUGGCUGUGCUGUUCCCCACGCUGAGGCCUGGCGGCUUCCAGGCGCACUACCGCGAUGAGGAUGGGGACUUGGUUGCCUUUUCCAGUGAUGAGGAGCUGACAAUGGCUAUGUCCUAUGUGAAAGAUGACAUCUUCCGCAUCUACAUUAAAGAGAAGAAGGAGUGCCGGCGGGAACAUCGCCCACCAUGUGCUCAGGAGGCACCCCGAAACAUGGUGCACCCCAAUGUGAUCUGUGAUGGUUGCAACGGGCCUGUGGUGGGAACUCGCUAUAAGUGCAGUGUGUGCCCAGACUACGACCUGUGCAGCGUGUGCGAGGGGAAGGGCCUGCACAGGGAACACAGCAAGCUCAUCUUUCCCAACCCCUUUGGCCACCUCUCUGAUAGCUUCUCUCAUAGCCGCUGGCUUCGGAAGCUGAAACAUGGACACUUUGGCUGGCCUGGCUGGGAGAUGGGCCCACCGGGGAACUGGAGCCCACGUCCUCCUCGUGCAGGGGAUGGCCGCCCUUGCCCUACAGCUGAGUCAGGCAUUGAGGUUGACAUUGAUGUGGAACAUGGAGGGAAGAGAAGCCGCCUGACACCCACUACCCCAGAAAGUUCCAGCACAGGCACAGAAGACAAGAGUAACACUCAGCCAAGCAGCUGCUCUUCGGAAGUCAGCAAACCUGACGGGGCUGGGGAGGGCCCUGCUCAGUCUCUGACAGAGCAAAUGAAAAAGAUAGCCUUGGAGUCGGUGGGACAGCCAGAGGAACAGAUGGAGUCGGGAAACUGCUCAGGAGGAGACGAUGACUGGACACAUUUGUCUUCAAAAGAAGUGGACCCAUCUACAGGUGAACUCCAGUCUCUACAGAUGCCAGAAUCGGAAGGGCCAAGCUCUCUAGACCCCUCACAGGAAGGACCCACAGGGCUGAAGGAAGCUGCCCUAUACCCACAUCUCCCACCAGAGGCUGAUCCCCGGCUGAUUGAGUCCCUCUCCCAGAUGCUGUCCAUGGGUUUCUCGGAUGAAGGCGGCUGGCUCACCAGGCUCCUACAGACCAAGAAUUACGACAUCGGGGCUGCUCUGGACACGAUCCAGUAUUCGAAGCACCCUCCACCAUUGUGAUAGUGCUGUGGCCAAGCCCCACCCCCUUUGUCUUGUAGUUGCAUCACGUAGAGCAGCAGGGCUUCUAUAGAUAGGCCCAGUGUCUUGGCAUUCUUGUAGAAUCUUCAGGUGGGAAUGUGUGAUGCCUUUUCAGGCAAUAGGAAAGUGCAUGAGGAGAGUUUUGAAUGUGCAUAUGCUGACGCCUGAGAACAGACCCAGGUACCCGUGGCUGAGCUGAGCUUCCUCUGCUUUCCCUAGGCCUGGCCUCUGCAGGGAACUGCAGCACACACUGCACUCCCACCUGCUCUUGCCGCCAGCAUUGCACCAGCAGUCCAGAAUUCCUGCCUGACAACCCGUGUUUCCUUUAUUAAAAGUGAUUAGUACAACUGCUAGUUAUUUUCAACAAAUAAAGCCAUUAUGUUAAGAGGGGACUGUCCAUAGUGAGUGAAAGGUGGCAGGCAGGGGCCUACAGCUCCUAGGGAAUGGAGAAUUCAUGUGAAGCCGAAUGAAGGAUCUUAUCUUAUACUGUCCCCCUUUCUAAUGGCCACUCUUUAGUGUUUGUGUCUAAUGUUAAUGCUUAAAGCACAGGACCCCCAUGUAGCUUCCUCUGACUUGGUUUGUAAGUAACCUGUAAUAAAAUGGCAUAUGCACUUUAA